AUGAACGGAGCGCCGCAAUCUUUCCGCAAAAUCACCACAACCAUUCAGUUGGACUUCUUUUUUUUCUUCUGCACCAUGGCAUCCCAAAUGCCCUGUCGGUCAUUGCGAGCGCUGGCCCGGCCAGCCAGGUCUUCGCUUCGAGCUACUUCCCUGUCGACUUCUCGACGAGCGCUGUCGUGCAGCACGCCAUGCUACUCCGAGGAGGCCCAGCAGGGUGACCAAACAGAAAAGCCGCGAUGGCUGUACACUCCCCCCGGCACAAAGGCGCCGUUCAGUCUUCACUUCGACAGCAAGCGCCCCAAUUAUCCGGUCAAUGAAAGCCAAGAGGUCCUGGAUAAAUUCUACAUCGGAUUGUUGGGGCCCGAAGGAGACAAGGUUCUGUCAGACAAACUCAAGUGGCUUGCUGUCACGCACAAGAGCUUUGAUCAAGGCCGACGCGGUUUCAAUGAUCGCCUCGGAUUUCUGGGUAAAUGCAUAGUCCAACUCCAGGCGUCACUCAGUCUGGUCCAGAACCCCGGGGCCUUCAAACACCCAGUUCCUCCGCUCGACCCGUCAAACCAGCGAGAAGCUUUUAAGCACCCGGCUUUGGAGGGACUCGAUAACCUCUCAUACAAUUCUCGUGGAUGGGUCACGAACAAACACAAUCUCGUCCGACUGGCGGAGAAGUACGAGCUGAUCAAAGUUCUCAGAUGGCAGCCGCUGAACCCCAAUGACCUCUAUGCCUCCGGCGCUGAUGUCGUCCUUGCCCACACUCUGUUCUCCAUUACCCUUCUUGCCCGCAACUACCGUGGUGACAUCCCCAUGUCCGCCGUGGAAAAAUUCCCUGUCCUACUCAAUGAAGCAGAGGAAGAAAGCUCGGCGGUGCCUCCUUGCUUCUCCCACGAAGGCAUCAAUGUACGUUGUGCUUGCCUUCCCCGCACCAUGGCGACUACUAUUUCUAUGAAUGUUGCAGCUGACGACGGUGUUCUUUUUUGGCAGUACCUCUAUAUCCGUCACAGCAAUCUAUACGUCCUCGCUUUAACGAAAAGAAACACCAAUGCCACCGAGAUCCUACUUUUCCUCCACAAGAUCGUGGAAGUGUUUACCGAAUAUUUCAAGGAGCUGGAAGAGGAAAGUAUUCGGGACAACUUUGUCGUCAUUUACGAGUUGUUGGAUGAGAUGAUGGACUUUGGAUACCCGCAGACAACUGAGAGCAAGAUUCUACAAGAGUACAUUACGCAAGAGUCACACAAGCUGGAAGUCCAGGCACGCCCCCCUAUUGCAGUCACAAACGCGGUGUCGUGGAGAAGUGAAGGUAUUCGCUACCGAAAGAACGAAGUGUUCUUGGAUGUUGUCGAGUCCCUCAAUCUGCUGGUCUCUGCCAACGGCAACGUGCUACGCUCUGAGAUUCUGGGCGCUAUCAAGAUGAAGUGUUAUCUCAGCGGUAUGCCCGAGCUUCGCUUGGGCUUGAACGAUAAAGCCAUGUUUGAAACGACCGGACGGGCAACCCGAGGCAAGGCCGUCGAAAUGGAAGACGUCAAGUUCCACCAGUGUGUCCGUCUGUCGCGAUUCGAAAACGAUCGGACCAUCAGCUUCAUCCCGCCGGACGGAGAGUUUGAGCUGAUGAGCUAUCGUCUCAAUACGCAAGUGAAGCCUUUGAUCUGGGUUGAAUGUGUCGUCGAGUCGCAUUCCGGAUCGCGAAUGGAGUAUAUGCUCAAGGCAAGAGCCCAGUUUAAGCGCCGAAGCACAGCCAACAACGUAGAGAUUUUGGUGCCAGUGCCAGAAGACGCGGAUUCUCCCCGUUUCCGAACAAACAUUGGAUCGGUGCACUACGCGCCAGAGAAGUCGGCUAUUAUCUGGAAAAUCAAGCAGUUUGGCGGCGGCAAGGAGUUUUUGAUGCGCGCCGAGCUUGGCUUGCCGUCGGUCAAGGGCGAUGACGAACGCGGAGGAGGUAUGACUGGUGGGUUUGGAGGGAGCAUGGGAGGUGCCCAGACUGGCCAGGGGAAGCGUCCGAUCAACGUCAAGUUCGAGAUUCCGUAUUUCACAACCAGUGGAAUCCAAGUGCGAUAUCUGAAGAUCAUUGAGCCCAAGCUACAAUACCCAUCUCUCCCUUGGGUCCGAUACAUAACACAAUCAGGCGACAUUGCAGUUAGGUUACCGGAUGUUCAAUAA